UAUCAGCCGAGCCCUGCCUGCAUUUUGCACGUCUUCCUCUGGAGCCCUGCUAUCAGGAAUGAGUAUAGAAAUCCCCGAGGGCUUGACGGAGCUUUUACAGAGCUUUACGGUGGAGGUGUUGAGGAAUCAGCCGCGGGAUCUUUUGGAGUUCGCCCUGCAGUAUUUCACCCAGCUGAAGGAGAACGAAGCGAGGGCGGCCGCUUUCGGCAAUGAGCAGCAUCCGGCUCUGCGCGCAGCCAAAGCCGUUAACUUCAUCGAGGAGGCCAUGCAGAUCGACUCCGAGAACGGAGAGGACGAGGAUGAUGAUGAGGAAUUCGUAGCGCCAGUCAUAAACAGAUUCAUAAGACGACCUUCUGUUUGUGCAGAGGCCUUCAACCCAGAUGAUGAUGAAGAGGACAAGGAGCCCAGGGUGACUUACCCAAAAACAGAUGAACAGAGACAAAGACUACAGGAGGCCUGCAAUGACAUACUUAUUUUUAAAAAUCUUGACCAGGAGCAAAUAUCCCAAGUUCUGGAUGCCAUGUUUGAGAAGAAAGUUUCUGCUGGGGAACACAUCAUUGAUCAAGAUGAUGAUGGAGACAACUUUUAUGUCAUUGAAAGAGGGACUUUUGACAUCCUUGUUAAGUCAGAGGGCACCACAAGAACAGUGGGCUCGUAUGACAACCGUGGGAGUUUCGGGGAACUGGCGCUGAUGUAUAACACCCCGCGCGCUGCCACCAUUGUUGCUACCUCACCUGGUGCCCUGUGGUGCCUAGACCGAUUGACAUUCAGAAGGAUCAUUGUGAAAAACAAUGCCAAGAAGAGGAAAAUGUAUGAAGCUUUCAUUGAGACCCUUCCACUGCUCACAUCUUUGGAGGUCUCAGAAAGAAUGAAGGUGGUGGAUGUCUUGUCGUCCAAAGUUUUCAACGAUGGAGAGCAGAUCAUUGCACAAGGUGACCUGGCAGAUUGUUUCUACAUCGUAGAGUCAGGUGAGGUUAGAAUCACCAUGAAGAGGAACCGGGUAAGUUUUCAUAAUGGAAGCAGUUUUGAGAUAGACAUCGCCACAUGCACUAGAGGGCAGUACUUUGGAGAAUUAGCCCUCGUUACAAACAAGCCAAGGGCCGCUUCUGCAUAUGCCGUGGAAAACGUCAAGUGCUUAGUAAUGGAUGUCCAGGCAUUUGAGAGGUUACUGGGGCCGUGCAUGGACAUCAUGAAACGCAACAUCGCUAACUAUGAAGAGCAGUUGAUCACCCUCUUUGGGAGUCAGAUGGAAAUAGAUGAGCCAAGUGUAUAAAAUUCAAAACAAACAAACAAAAAUGCUCCAAUGCAACAUAUUGAAAAGAUAAAAUAAUGGUGAGUACAGGUCUCUCACCAUUGUUCAGAUGACAUAUGAUCAUAACUUUUGAACUUCAAAGUUAUUGUUUUGCAUCACAAAGUGAAGCUCUGGUGUGUCAGUGAUAGUGAUUUUUACAUGUAGGAUAACCUUAACAGGUUACUUAAGGUUUGAAACAAAAGUUUCAUUUUCCGUUAGUAAAGUGUUUUGUUAUAUUGGGAAUAAAAUGUUUAUCCGGCUAUUUAGUAGUCAUUAUUUCUACUGCUGUAUUUUAUUUUGGAGUGUUAGAAUAGGAUUGUUUUUUGUUUUUGUUUUUUUAAGUUAUUUUUUUUAUUUUUGAGCUCAGGCUUUGACAGAAAGAAGUUGAAAUCUCCUGUCACUCAUUUGUCAUGUAUUUCAAAAUCUUGUUUAUGAAUUCCGUACGUUUGCGAAGUACAAAUGCCAAUGUUCUUAAUAAACCUUAAUUGCAAUAUCUUGAUUAAUUAUCUUCACAGAAUGAGCAAAAGACCAAACAUAAAUUUGGGAGUAUACUGUGUGUGACUGUAUGAGGAUGAUACGAACCAAAACCUAGUAACGUAUUAAAACAGGUCAUGAGACAUUCAUAUAUAAACCUGUAAGGGUUUGAUUACAGGAAAAGAAAACAUAAAUGUGUGUAUGCAGAUUGCACUUUGCUGUCAGAAUCAUGGGAAAAGAAAAAUUGCACAUUCAUUUAUGCUGUAGUUUAGAAUUUUAGUUCCCUCAUGAAUCAGAAGAAUCCAUGUAGUAUUUUAAAGUACUAGCUCAAAGUUACUGUAGCGUAUUUAUUGUACAUAUACAUUGUUUUAACAUUUAUUUAUUAACCCCAAGUGUUUCAGAGUGGAAUAAGACAUAUUUAAUGUCCUUAAGAUAGCUUUCUGUUGCUGAUUAUUUUUUACAGUGUGUAUGUUUUUGUUAAAAUUAAUAAGAAUAAUACUGAUCAAAUAUGUUAUCGCAUAUUACUUUAUUUUACUCAAAUAUGCUCAUUUGCCUUUACAAGUUUUACUUCUGAACUGCAAUAUGUGUCACCGGUUGUAGUGCCGUUAUCCAUUAUUCCAAUCAUUACAGUUACAGAGUCUUUGCUCCACUGGAAAGUAACCA